AAUAUCCUAAAAAUUAAAUGAAAUACUUAAAAAGUCAGAAUACAGAGUGCAGUGCAGUUCAAUAUGUAUUUUAUUUAUAUAACAAAUAGAAAACCAACGCAUAUAUCUAUCUUCGUCAAUUUCCUGAUACCGAUAUCUAAUCAAAAAGAUAUGGCUGACAUAUUCUCAAACAAUUCAUGGAAAAAUUUGAGUGUUUUAGAAAAAAAUAGAUCUGGUGUUAUUGAAUGAACUAAAAUUUUAUAUUUCCCGAAAUAGUUUGUCUUAAAACGUUCUGCACUUCUGAGACUACCAAAAUAGGCCAAUCGCGUAGUAAAGCUAACAUUACUGGAAUACCACCAUACUUUGACCAAACCAAAAGCUUAUCGAGACCACUUUAAGUUUUCCUUGAACAGACCUUGCUUGUUCAAUAAAAAGGCAUAUGCUUUAACGGGAAUCCAAACCUAAAUAAAAUUCAGCUAUAGCUUCAUUAUGAAAUGCAAUGAAAAAAAUCAUUAAGGCAAGUGAAAACUAACAUCAAGAAGAAGUGUGCUGAUAAGAGCCAACGAAAUGUCAAUAAAUUAAUAUAAAUGAGUGACUCGUGACUUGCGACAUUUGCGAAUCACUUUGGCUCGGCCUUUCUCUUGUCGUAGUCGCUGCUGUUGUCGAUAUUGUUCGCUGCUCAACGAAGCAAAUCAAAGCACGAAAAGUGAAGUAAACAAAAAUACCCAGAAAUUGUCACUUUUUGAUUUGGAAUAUACAUAUAUUCUGUUUGAAGCCUCCGAGAUAUCAUAUAAGAAAAUAAAAAAAAAAAUAGUUAAAGAUAAAACAGUUAUGUAUAAAUUACUAAGCGAAAAAAGGGUUUUUUUUAAAUCAUUAUAUUAGUCAAUAGAUCUAGCGCACUAGAACCAAGGCGGUAAUUCCCACGAAAUAAUGCAAACCUCAGCGUUGUUUCCCUAUAGGCCGAUCGUUCAGAGCUUUUCAACAAACAAUGAAAACCCCCGCAUAAAUGAAAAACAAUUAAGAAUUUUUAAUGAUAAGAGCAAAGCGAUAAAAGGCAGCAAGUAUACUGAUUCAUCGCUAUAGCCCCAGAGCUAAACAAACUGAGACGUGGACAGAGACGGCGGUGUCGGUAUGAACAAAAACAGGGGAAUUGGUAGCAACUCGCUCUCAGUAGUAAUUAAUGCAGCACCAGUUGACGAUGCGCAUAUUUUGUUAACUUUGAAACUUUUGUUCUUCAAACAAACUUAUCAGAUACAAAGCAUGAGCUAAUUUCUUUUGUUGAGGCAGUUGAAAAGUGAAUGUGGUCAACAUUGAAUUUGAAAUACGAGAUGUUCAGAUUCUUUGCGCUUUUCUGCAAUAUACAAACUAAUGGUCUGCUGACCUUUCGGUUUUACACGACCGUUAAAGAACAUGAAAUAUAUAGAUGCACAGUUUGCAAAAAUUGGCACCAAACCCAGAAAAUAUAUAGCAAAAAUCUGGAUUUCAGAUAAAGUUAUAAAAUAACAACUAACUAUAGUGAAUAACAAGAUACGUUAAUAUACGUAUAACAAUUAAAAAAAUAAAAACCAAGUGACAAUAUGGCCUGCUUUCCUCGAUUGUUCCAUCAUCGAAGUAAAAAUAAAUUUACUCCCGCCCAAGAUGAGAACACCGACACGAUACUCAACACGCAUGAUAGUCCAGUGCAAAUUGGUUUGUACAUUCGGCGCGAGGAAAAACCCCUUUACACGCCCAUCGUUACACCCAGUGCUAGUGAGGCCAAACUGCAACGGCUCAGACUGCAACCCACAAACACCGCCUCCUCAUCUUCUUCACCCAGUAGUUUUCCUCUGCAGAGUUUGGCCGAAAAUGGCAAUUCAAAAAAUACAAAUAGCAUGCAGAGGGAGCCAAAGAAGUUUCGCUCCAACAAGAGCAAACUGCAGGCAAGCAAAGGGAAGGAAAAGCAAGAUGACGAGCCGCAGGUGGAGGGAGACUCUGUCAACGGCAAUGAAAUUAUUGUCAGACGUUCAAAUUCAAAAUUAAAACCAGUCAAAGAGCGGCGACCCACAGCCCUGCCCACAGAAGCACCGAAUAUUGAGUUUGAUGAUGUGGAGGAGUCGGGAGCUAAUGCAGAUGGCGGUGCCUAUGAUAAUGAUGAUGAUACUGUAGACGGCAAGUCAAAACUCAAAGUGAAUGAGAAUGGCAUUAUUGAUGAGGGCGGUGCCGAUGACGUCGGCAUGCCGUCAGGCACCACAACACCUUUAACGGAGGGAAAUGUAAAGUUUUUCAUUGGUCAUACACAGGAACUAAGCACAGACCAAACAGAUGAUACUUUUUCCUGGCAAAGCAGCGAUACCAACAACAACAACAAUAUCAAUGGCAUGCUGACCAAUUGUGCAUUGCGCCAGGAUCGGCAAAAAGGUGUAGAGUUGCUUGAAGCUCCACCCAAUGAAAAGAGUAGCAGCAAUGUGUCACUCGAUUAUUUUACAAAGAACAGUGCAGACAGUCACCGUCGACGACGUGUAUCCACCUUGCCUGAUAUUAACAUACCACCAGCGCCGCCGAUGCCUUCCGAGCUGUUGGUACCUGGAACACCUCUACACUUGCGGAAGAAACGAAGCGUAGAAUGUCAGGAGAACCAACAAACAGACAACAAACUAUGCCCUUUGGAGGCUUCGAAUAAUCAAGAAAACAAAAAAACACCUAAGCUACACUGUGAGGAAGAGAAGAGCCGACAAACCGAAUCAUUGACUCCAAAGGCUCACCGUGUGGAAGGUGGCCUGAUCUAUGUCCGACCGAUUCACCCUAUUCAAGGCGACAUUGAAAUUCAAGCAAUUACAAAAGACAAAGCCACACACAAUCUCAUACAUAUGGCCAUUGAACGCAAUGAUUUCCUUAAUAACCUAAUGGACAAAGAACGCAAGGAGAUGGUUAUCAAUGCAAUGGCGCCGGCUAGCUACAAAAAGAAUAGUUACAUCAUACAUGAGCAUGAGGAAGGCUCUGAAAUAUAUGUAUCUGCAGAGGGUCACUACGAUGUCAUACGCGCGGGACAGCUUGUGGGCAACUUUGGACCGGGAACUGUAUUUGGAGAGCUGGCAAUACUCUAUAAUGCUCCCAGGCAGGCAACCAUUAAGGCUGCCACCGAUGCCCGAGUGUGGAAAAUAGCUCGUGAAACUUUUCGAGCCAUCAUGCAAAUCUCCGGUUCCAGGGAUCGUGAAGAAAACCUUCAAUUCCUCCGGUCGGUUCCAUUUCUGCAAGAGCUCGAAAAAAGCUUGCUCAACAAAGUUGUUGAUCUUCUGCAAAGGAAAUUUUAUGAGACUGGGAGCUGCGUUGUACGUGAAGGCGAGGUAGGAAACGAGUUCUAUAUCAUUCGAGGUGGAACCGUUACUAUAAAGAAAGAGGACGAGUCAAACCAGGAACAAAUUGUGGCAAGGCGCAAGCGAGGUGACUACUUUGGCGAACAGGCGCUUUUAAAUGCGGAUGUGCGACAGGCCAGUGUCUAUGCAGAUGCACCAGGCACUGAGGUACUAAAGUUGGAUAGAGAAGCAUUUAUAAGCUAUUUAGGAACUAUCAAGCAACUUCGUGAAAAGCCUAAUCAACGAAUCGAGUCUCAUGUUCGAUCCAGCAACAAAAGUGUCGAAUUUGAUAACGAGCAUGCCCAAAUAGCCAUCUCCGAACUAAAGAAAGUUGCUACUUUGGGCUCUGGUGCUUUUGGACGUGUGGAUCUGGUUGCCUAUGGCCAACAAACCUUUGCCCUGAAAAUUAUCAAGAAAAUCGAGGUGGUCAAGCAAGAUCAAAUUGAGCACGUCUACAAUGAAAAAAAUGUAAUGAUUAAAUGUAGAAACUCUCCUUUUAUAGUACAACUCUACCGAACAUACCGGAACGACAAAUACGUUUACUUUCUAAUGGAAGCGUGCAUGGGCGGUGAUGUAUGGACAGUGAUGUCGAAGCGGCAGUAUUUUGAAGAAAAGACGGCCAAGUUUAUAGCAGGCUGUGUAGUCGAAGCUUUUGAUUUUUUGCACUCGCAUAAUUUCAUUUACAGGGACUUGAAGCCUGAGAACCUCAUGCUAGGUACCGAUGGUUACUGUAAACUGGUGGACUUUGGUUUUGCCAAAUAUGUUCGGCCAAAUGAGAAGACAAACACCUUUGCCGGUACCCCUGAAUAUGUAGCACCCGAGAUUAUUUUGGAUCGUGGGCAUGAUCGUUCCGUCGACUACUGGGCAUUGGGUAUUCUAAUAUACGAACUGCUAGUUGGUAAAACGCCCUUUAGAGGCGUGAACCAAAUUAAGAUUUACCAGCAAAUCCUCAGUGGUAUUGAUGUUAUACACAUGCCUACUCGAAUCCCGAAAUCCGCGCAGCACUUGGUUCGUCAUCUGUGCAAACAACUGCCUGCUGAACGUUUGGGAUAUCAGCGCAAGGGGAUUUCUGAUAUCAAGCGACACAGUUGGUUUGAAAGUCUGGAUUGGCAGCGACUGAAAAAUAAACAAUUGCCUUCCCCGAUAAAGCGACCAUUAAAAAGUUGGACCGACUUGCAAUAUUUUGGACCGUCUGGCGUAGAAAAUGAUUAUGAACCACCGGAAGAAUUAAGCGGGUGGGACAUGGACUUUUAAUGCUUAGAAAUAUUUUAAAGGUAGUAGCAUAAUAAAUUAAAGUGUAUUCGGUUUAAGUUAUUAUGAGCGUUGCAUUUAUAAAUAUACAUUUUGAAAUUCCGGCUAAGUUAUAUAAGUACAUAUUGUUAAAUCUUGUAACGUAAGUUACCUAAAUAUUAAUAAUAAAUGUAUAUGUACGUGUGUAUUCGAUAUAUCUAAAACAUAUAAUUUUAUAUACAGACCUAAGACUUAGACUAACAUUAACUUUGUAAAAACUUAGACACGUUGUUUUCUAUUUAUCACACACGUGGUCUGUUCUGCUCGAAGUGGAGUAAUUCAAUCAUCACCUUAUUUGUAUUCACGGAUUCAAUUAGAACCGAAAACUUGUUUUGUUUGCUAUCAUCAGAGCAUACCGACGAAUAAACAAAGAAAUUCAAUUAAGA